AUGGCCGGAGGCUGGUCCGAGGAGAAAGUUAACAGGGUAAAAAAUCUCCAGCUCCCACAAAUGCUCAAAUGCAUGGGCUGCCACAAAACCCGCUCUCACACCGCGUAUUCGGGCGGCCAGCUCCAGCGUCUAAGACAGAGUGUUGUGUCUAGGGGCCAAGGUGCUCUCGUUAACCCUCAAGUGCGUUGUCGUAUUUGUACCGGAGGCGAAGCACCGGUCGAGAUCACUUGCAUUAGGUGCGAUAAGCGCAAGUUUGUGGAAGAUUUCUUCAAAGCCCAACGCCAAAACCUCGAUACUGCUACAUGCAUCAACUGCGUUUCGGAUGGACAGAUGGCUCGGCCAUGGGAUGGCAACGAGGGAACAGGGGAUAGCGACAACGAAUACCUCCAUGGCGAUGACGACUGCUCUACAGUAGUAGGGAGCACUUUGGGAGGCGUGUCGCUUCGUAUCGGGGACGUCGGCGAUGAAGCCAACGAAACGUCUAGCAUGAACUCACGUCCUUCAAUCCCUAGCUUGACGGGAUCUCGCCGUGGUAAUGGCGAUGAUUAUGAUGAUGGUGACACAGACUCUUCUGACGGGGAUGGGUUUCUUGAAGAUCCCUCUCAACCUGACACCUCCUCGAUUGUCAACUCCUCAUGGACCAACUCUUCGGCUAUGAGCUCCUCAGCUAUCAACGAGGACAGCCAAGCCAGCGCAUUGUCGAGACUAAGGGACACCCGGGGCGAUUACGACUGGAAGAUGCAAGAACCCAGGUCGAGCAGAUAUAGGCCACCGACAAGCUCCAAGCCAAGCAAAUGGGCUAAAACCAGGGCUCACGAUCCGACUCGCGAUGCCCGAAACAUGCGCAUCCCCGAGCCAUCCGAGGUCGCGGAGGAAGACGACCGGCGUAGCGAAGUCGGAACUUCCGUUCCCCCUGAGUCCUAUCUUUAG